UUCACUUCAAUUUGGAGGGAAAAUUACCAACUUUUUAUCAGAAAAAACUCUUCGAUUCCUGUUCCCGCGAUUAUAAAUUCCGUUGUAAUAUUCGAUUAUCGUCAUGGUCACUGAAUUUGCAGACGAAAACUCCAUUCUCAUGGAUUCUUCUGAGCAAGGAAAUGAUCAACCAGCCAACAGUGAGCAUUCUCGUUCCAAAGGAAACAAGAAUGACAAGUCCCGGCGUUCGUGGUCUGCGAAAGAAGAAGUUGUACUGAUCCAAGCACUGAAAGAGUUGGUUGCAGAUGGGUGGAAAUCGGAUAACGGGUUUCGAGCGGGUUUCCUUGCUAAACUGGAGGAUGCCCUAAAAAAGGAGUUCCCCGGGACUGACUUGAGGGCCAAUCCGCAUAUCAAUUCCAAACUGGGCACCUGGAAGAAAAAUUACUAUUCGCUCAGUGGAAUGUUGGGUAAAAGCGGUUCCGGAUUCAACUUGAACAGCAACAACAUGAUAGACUGUGACAACGAGCUGUGGGAACAAAUCUGCAGGGUUGACAACAAUGCCUCAAAAAUGCGCUUUAAAAGCUGGCCGCUAUAUGAUGACUGGAAGAUAAUAUUCGGCAAGGACCGAGCAACAGGGGAUCAAGCUGAAGAUUUCAUGGAAGCAAUUAACGACAUGGUUGGACGUGACAAUGUGUUUCAAAAUGUGAACAGCGAUGAACAGGCACCACCAGUGCAGCUGGAGAAGGAUCUUCAUAAUGAAGUGGCUGAGGAUAGCACGUGUCAGAGUCAGAAGAGUGGAGGAGUUGGGAGGACUACGACCAGAAAGCGCAAGAAAGAUGACAGCUUUGAUAUGGCAUGUGAACUGAUACUAGAAAUUGGUCGCAACACUAACGACAGGCUUGAGCACUUUGGAAGCAGAAUUGGGUAUGAGUUUGAUCUAGCUAAAGCGAGGACUGAAGUUUACCAUACUUUAAGCGCCAUGGUGGGUGUGGAUAAGAGCGCCAAAUUCGAGGUAUGCGAGAUACUCGCGGACAAGGUCGAGAGGCUCGAGCUUUUCAUGAGCCUCCCUGUAGAAGCUAGGCCAGAUUACCUGAUGCGCGUGCUAGAGAUGCGUGGAAAGUAAAGCCUUCGAUGACAAGGUUUGAAGAAAACUUGGGAGAUAUUUUGAAGUGGUCUUGAAUAUUUUGGUGAUGUUUAGGGGUUAUUAUAUAUGUCAUGUUGCCGUGGACAUGUAGGAAUGUUCUAUGUUUUAUGAAUAUUAAGUUAUGUUGCUAAUUUUUAUGGAUUAUAAUAUAUGCUAUAAGUUAUGUCUUUA